UCAAGUUCAGUCAAUGACUAUUGCUCAGACAGUCACUGAGGGUGAGCACACAGAGAUGACCGCAGACCCCAGACAAACUGCAGAUAUGGUAAAGACUUUAUGUCUUCACAGAAAAUACAGGAGCCUUCUUUGCAAGAGGCAAAUACCUGGAGCCAGUGGGAAAAUUUGUCCUGGAGUGAGAGAGUUCUCACAGCAAGUCAGCCAAGUCAGAGACUCUUACAGCUGGGUAUUAAGCAUCCCAAACAGCAACCUAUCCAUGAACUUCCAAGAGGUGUUAGUUGAUCUGAACUCCAAGAAUGAUCAAGGACUUUACCAGGCUCGGGUUAGAGCAGUAGUGGGAGGACGACCUUUGACCUAUUACAGCCUUGUGGGUCUGAAGAAUGAGUCAUUCUACCGCAGUGUGCCAAGGAUCAUUGCUUUGGCGCUGGAGGUGCUCAAGGCUUAAGGUUAUUGUAAUGGGAAGUGAGAUAACACAAAAAACAAAAGACUUUCAAAGAGACCAGAAAACCCUUGCCAUGGAACAGAGAGAGGCACACAAAACUCACAGUUACACAAACUACGUUUGGCAUCUCCUGUGAAAAACAUUAUUUGGUUUUGUUUUCCCCAUUUGAGAGCCUGACUCUUCUUCUU